GUUAAAACACGCUUACGCUAGAAUGACGUCACGUUAAUGUGCGGUGACGUCAAUGUUUUUGUUGUGACCAAGAAAGAGCUCUACUAUAUUUUAUCUACUGUUUUAGAUUAAGGGCAUAUUAGAAUCGAAAUAAUUUAUAGCAAAACCGUGUUUUCACACUAUUUAUACACUUGGGCGGUAAUACGUCGUACAAAUAAUUUCACUCGUGCUGCGCGCUCGUGAAAUUAUUACGCCCGACGUAUAACCGCCCAUCGUGCAUAAAUAGUGAUAAAACACUCUUUUGUCAUAAAUUAUUUCUUAAAUAAUGAUAGGAUACCACGUAUGAUUAUCUUGAAUUAUAUCAGUUGUAAUUUAUCAAUGAUACACAACUAAAUCAGUUGUAAUCUUUACAGCUGCUACGGAGAAUAUGUCCCCUGGGUGAAUAAUUCAAACUCGAGUUUCUGUAACAGGACGUUUAUUGGUAAAGUGGGAAACAGCCGAGAUAUAACGAUUCGUAGAUUACCUGUGAAAACAAUGUCAAAAGUGAACAGUGUAAGACCAUCGCUUGAAUUAGAUGGAGAUACAUUUCCGUUACGACCUGUUGGAGAUGGGGCAACAACAUCUGGGAGUCACAUGAAUGGACAUGAGCAUGUGAUUGGCGGUAUUCCUUCUAAUUGGGAUGAUGCUUCAUCACCAAUGCCUAAACCUGACACUGAAGGUAGAGAUGAUAAACAUAAACAUAGAGAUAACAAGGUAACCACAGACUGGGAUGAGGAGUCAGAUCCUGGACACAAUUAUUGCAGCAGACAAAUUCCUGACACAGAACUUGAAAUUACAGACAAACAUAAAGAUAUCGUGGGAAUAUCAGAAUGGGCUGUCGAAUCAGAUCCGGAACAACCCGUUGUGAGGGAUGAAUUGGGGAAAUAUAGAGAAUAUACACCAGAACUCCCAGUGGCAGAGAAACUAGAAGAAUCGCAUUAUAAAAUCCCUAAUACAUCUAAAGCUGACGUAGCAAAUAUAACAUUGCCUACGUUUUCUAACCCUCUGAAUGACAGACCAGAUGAUGCUCCUAAAAAAAGGCGGAAGGCCCGCUCUUCGCACACAAAUGAUUCAGAAUCAUCAAUAUCAAUGGACGGCAUGUAUACCUUUAAUCAGAAGGAAGAAACUUAUGUAACAAGUGAGAACUCUAACUCGAUACGCAAAGAGAAUUUUGACUCAAGAAAGCAUUUGGUACAGCUACAUGCAACAAAUCGUGUUAGUCCGGCUGAUAACAACACAAUAAGGAGGCCAAAAACCCACGGUCAAACAAUAUCCAAAGAAGAAUUGAAGAGAAGGAAGGAUUUUGUAAUUGGAGCAGACGAGAAUACAGACGGUGCAGGUUGUUGUGGAUGGUUACUCUAUACAUUUUCUAUACUGCUGAUAGUUGUGUCGCUGCCAUUUUCGCUAAUAUUCUGUAUAAAGGUUGUGCAAGAAUAUGAAAGGGCUGUUAUAUUUAGACUGGGUCGACUGCCAUCGGGAGGGGCAAAAGGUCCAGGUAUAUUCUUCAUCAUUCCGUGCAUUGAGAGCUAUACGAAAAUCGAUUUGAGAACAGUAUCAUUUGAUGUUCCACCGCAAGAGGUUUUAACGAAGGAUAGUGUAACAGUAUCUGUAGACGCAGUUGUAUAUUACCGUGUGUCCAACCCGACUGUGUCAGUGGCCAACGUAGAGAAUGCACACCAUUCAACGCGACUGCUCGCCCAGACCACACUAAGAAACAUCCUUGGAACCAAAAACAUGUCUGAAAUACUGUCCGAUAGAGAGAGUAUUAGUCAAGGCAUGCAGUCAACACUUGAUGAAGCCACAGAUAACUGGGGUAUAAAAGUGGAGAGAGUAGAAAUUAAGGAUGUGAGACUACCAGUACAGCUACAGAGAGCCAUGGCUGCCGAGGCAGAGGCCGCACGUGAAGCUCGUGCUAAGGUAAUAGCAGCAGAAGGAGAACAAAAAGCUUCUAGAGCCCUUAAGGAGGCGGCGGACGUGAUGGCUAAAUCAUCAGCAGCCCUGCAACUCCGCUAUCUGCAGACAUUGAGCUCGAUAUCUGCUGAAAAAAAUUCUACGAUCAUAUUUCCUCUACCUAUUGACUUGAUAAAAGCAUUUAUAGACAAAAAGUCCUAAAUUUCCGGAUUUCUAUGAUUUUAUUUUUCUUCCGUUGAGUUUUUGUUCUUGUCGGAUUUUAUGUUUUAUGUAUGUACAUAUAAUGAAGUUAUAACUAUCAUCUCUGUGUUUAGAAAUGUUGCAGCUGUGAGACAUGCGUAUAUAAGAUUAACAUAGUUCAAAUCCUUUGAUAUCGUACAUUUACAAGUUUUUGUAUUGUACCUUUACUAAAUUUGAUAAUUUUUCUAAAUAGUGUAAGGCGUCUGAGUCACUUUUGAGAAUAUGUAUACGUACACAAGGUUUUAACAUUCUUUUAAAUGCCUUACUUCACAUCAUUGUUUUAAUGUUAGAUGUACAGUUUAAAACAAAAUAUAAUUUAAUUAAUUAAAAUGUUCAAUUUUCUAUCAAAACUGCGACCGAGCAGAUAGAAAUUUCAGUCUACAAAUUACGUAUACGAGUUAUAUUUCACAUUCAAACUAGGAACAAGUUAUAUUUAAAAAUUACAAUCAGUCAAAAGGUGCAUAAGAAUAUGAUUGUAAAGAAACGUUCCUAUCAAAAAAUAAAUCGCCUUGCACUUUUGUUUUAGUUAUUUUUAGUAUUCUACGGCUUAAGGAUGAUCUUUUUUUCUAUUUGUUUCAUCGGUUUUAAUCGCCACGUAUAGACUGUCUUUACUGUAGUUAAGUUUAGUUUCAACAAAACCCUUAAAGUAAACUAUAAAAAUAAGAGAAAAACAAAAAGGCAUUUUGUACAUUAAGUCUAGAAUAUGGCAAGUUUCUAUUUUGUGUAGUUCACUGACUAACUGCAUAUAGAGCAGAUCCUUCAGUCUGAUAUAGUUUAGUAUUCAGAUGCUUAAAAAUCCAGUUUUUACAAACUGUUAUUUGUAUGGGAAGUAUAUUUGAACAGGCAUCAUAAUACGUUUUAGAAUAAAUAAUUACCAAUUGCUUGUUUUAAAUUUGUUGUUAAGUCACAUUCAAUUUAUAUUUUAAAGAAAAUGUGGUUGAAACAUUUGCUUGUAGGAAACAAUAAUUCUGAAAAAAGGCCUAGAUAUAGCGUUAUCGCGGAAUCAUCAAUGAAACUACUCCAAUGUGAUUCAGGUGAUCUACAUAAAGCUGCAUUAACAAAUGAUAAAACAUGUGUGUGUUUUAGGAUGUUAUAUAAGAAAAUAACUACACGAAAUCUCAGGAUUUCAGAUAAUGUUGCUUAUUACUGUCACAAUAAAUAUGUAGCAGAGAGGUAUCUGAGCAUGCAAUAUUGUGAGCUAAACAUGAGGUAAUUAUAUUUCCAAUGAGCUGUUUUACUGUUCAGUUUUAAUUCAAUGCUAUUUUAUUGCUCAAUGCACAAGAAAAAAGUUUUACAACACAUCACUACAUUUAAACGAGAAUCGGACCACGUGUUAUAAAGACAUCUUCUGAACGUCAGAAACAUUUAGGCAAAAUAAUACAUAAUAUGCAUUAACUGAAAAAAAAAUGUUUGAAGAAAAAAAUGAGCAAGAAGCUAUUUUAAAUAACUGGUAUUGCAACUAAGCAUUUCAGUCAAGUCUGCUUAAGUUCUUUCGAAAUAAAUAAUUCUCUAUCUAAUUGUAUAUUUAUUUAAUGUCACUAUUUUCAAGUGCAUAGCAAUGAAUGGUGUUUUUGCUUAAACAUUAAUUUAGAAUAUUUGUUAAGUUUUAGAAUUAAUCAGUUAGACAAUUUUAAUGUACAUUUGAUAUGGCAUCAGCAUACGAGAACAAUAUAAGGUUUGAAAAGAUCUGUUAUUUGCGCCCCUCACUUCUUUGUCAGUAGACAUCCAUAAAAAGACUGCUUCCCUGAACAAUAAUGUAUUAUUCUAUUUGCUGCCGAUGUCAUCGUGUAUUAAGUGUGGGUAUAAAAUAAUAAUAUCCAGUAAAACAUGAAUGUUUUCAUUUCAGUAUACUUCCGAUGUGGAGAAUCAUUCAAGGGAAAAUAUUGUUCCUUAUUGUUAAAAGUAUGAUAUCAACAAUAUUUGUUACCUGUCUGUUAUUCUGAUGUUUUCUGAGGAAUAAAUGUGAACAUAUA